CGGGGAUGAUAUCAGGCGGCGGGCAGCAGGACCGGGCGAAGCUGGAGGUGCGCGGAGGUUCGCCGUGAACGUUGCCAGGGAGCCUGGCCGCCUCCGGUUCUACCUGCGCCUCUGCCUCCAUCUUCAUCGAUCCCUGCGCCCUUGCCCACCGCCGCCGACUGCCGGGCUGGCUGAGAGGAUGUCAUUCCCUGUGGAUAUAUUGAACAAUUGCAGUCAUGAGGACUUGGAGAGCUCAGCAGAGGACUUCCUCUUUGAUCUUCGGUGGGGGAAGCUAAACUGUCCUACAUUCUUCUCUCUGCCAGACCACCGCAAAGUUCCUAUUAGCUUGUCAACUGUAGGCUAUGUUCCUCUUUAUGGUGAAGAGCAGACACACAAAGUUCUUGCACUGUUUGCACCGUGGGACUCGCUCACAGCUGUAGCCCUGUAUCUUGCUGACCAGUGGUGGUCAAUUGAUGACAUUGUGAAAACAUCUGUCCCUGCUAGACAGGGGCUUCAUCAGGUGCAGUCUGUUGGAGAGAGGAUUGUUCUCUAUGUUCUGAAUCGAAUUAUCUAUCGAACGCAAGAAAUGGAAGGAAAUGAGAUCCCAUUUCUCUGUCAUGGAAGCAGUCACUAUGCUAAGAUCAUGUGGAAAAAAGGAGAGGCUAUUGGGUUCUAUUCUGUUAAACCUGCAGGAAGUGUUUGUAACUCAUUUUUUCAUCAGAAGUAUAAACUGACAGUGCUAGACACAAUGUUUGUGAGAAAGAAACAUCGUGGGAAAGACUCUGGGCUAAUCAUGUUGGAAGACUUUGUGGAUUCCUUUACUGAAGGGCCUCUUGGGCUACGAUACCCACUGUCAUCCUUUGUGUAUACAGCUUGUAAGCAGUAUCUUGAGAAGUACCCUGCGGAUAAAAACCUUUUGUGGCAAGUGGAGGGAGCAGGAGGUUGGUUCCAAAGAAAGUCUAUUAUGUCUAUAGUGCAAAAGGAAAAUCUGAAAAUUGCAGCAGAGGCCUCUAAGAAGGAAAAUAAUAGUUUGCAAACAGAGGAUGAGCUUAGUCAGUCUGCAGUAUCUGAAGCAAGUGGACAGAGGACUGAGAGGACUGAGCUAGAAACACAGCUAAAUACUAACUUGCAAAAAGGUAAAGAAUCAACAGCUGUCCAUGCAAGCACAUCUGAAGAGCCUUACAUAAGUCAUGUUCCUGUUUGGACACGAAGUGGUCAAUUAAAACGUCAGAGUAUAAAUAAACAUAGACAGCAACCUGGACCUGAAACUUCAAAAGAAGAUGAUGAAAAUGCUCUUCCUGCGUCCAAAAGCAGGCCGGAACUUCUUGCCCACACAUCUGAAAACUCUGAAGACUUGGUAGAAGUACCUAAGGUGGAUACUGUUGAGAAGGAUGAGGAAAUUAUUGUUGAAAACGAGGGCCAGUCUGUGUUAGAAGCGGAGCUACAUGUAUCACCCCUUGAGAAACAGAAUGAGAAGGAGGAAACUCCAUCAGAACCUCUUAAUGGUGAGGUAGCAGAAGAAACUGGUAAGACCUCACUUAUGGCUGAUGAGGAAACAGCAAAUGAAGUUCCGAGUGGCGAGUCAAAAUUGCAGUCUGAGAGUCAAGGAAAAGAACCCUUAACGCUGUUUGUUCCAUUAAUCCUUGAGUCUCCAGCAAAAUCUUCAGAAGACACUGUAUCAGAAAAGGUUUUAAAUGAAAAUGAUUCAGAAGUGCUGACUGAAGAAGUUACAUCAGUAGAGAAGGAGGGCAUUGGAGAACAGCAGGAAUCUGAAAAGACCACCACUGAAAAUGCAUCUGCUUCAGCAUCAAAGGAGGAGCUCUCUGACAAUGGCCUGCCUAACUCUGUGGUAACUGAAGCAGCUGAAGAAUCUCUUUCUGAAAACUUACCUGCCUCAUUGGAAGUUCAAAGUGAGGAAACAGGGCACAACUCACAGGAGGCCCCUGUUGCCUUGAGUCAGAGCUCUUUGAUAGUGGUUGAACUUGAAGGUGUUUCUUUUCAGCAGCCUGCUGGACAGGAAGGACAGAAGAACCAGUUGGAAGAGCCCUCGGAAGAGUCUACAGAGCAGACGGAUCACUACACGCAGACAGUGGCAGAGCGGGCUGCUGACAGCAGCUCUGAGGAAGCAGAAAUUGAGGUACCUGUUGUAGAUCGGAGAAACUUGCGAAGAAAGGCCAAAGGCUAUAAAGGUCCUCCUAAGAAAAAAGGAAAGCCGGCUUAAUGAAAUAUUGAUUGUUAAAUCAUCUAUUUAUAAGAAAGCUAUUUUGUGUAAAACAUUAGUGUGUAACUAAACCAUAUCAGGCACAGGACAUGCGUGUUUAAAAUUCUGUGUUGGACUUCCUUUUGGGUUCAUAACCUUUUCUCAAAGUUUAAUUUUUAACCACCAGACACUGAACUUCUUCAUAGUAUGAAAGUAAAUAGCCAGUCUCCUCCCUUCAUAAAGGAUACAUGCUGAAGAAAUACAGUUAUGCUAUCAAAGGGAACAGUUUGUGUAUUUAAGGUGGCAGUCUUGGAAGAAAAAUGCAGUGUGAAAUCCUGGCCCUAUCAAGGUCCCUUAAAUUCCCAUAGAUGGCCAUGAUACCAGACAUCACUCCAGAUACUGGUUUUUUUUAAAGUAACUUUGUGUUCUCUACUGUGGAGAGAAGCACAGCAAGAAAAAUCCUUCCUUGCUUCUUGUUCCCUUCCCAAAGGUUUUCUCAAGAUUAAAAGAAUGUGAAAUUCCGUCAUUCUAGGUCUCAAAAUGUACAAGGUGUAGCUCGGUAGAUCAACACAACAUAAGCAUUUAUCUUUCAUGAGAAUCACUUGAAACAGCUGAGUCAGUAGAAACACAGUGCAGUAUCUGCCACAGCUGAUUCUGGUAAUGGAUUUCUUGUGUGAAGAUUGAGAUGCCUAUGCCGUAAAUGAUUUGUGGCUUCCAAAGCAAGCAUUUUGAUAAGCCUAAGUUUUUCCAGAGUGUAUGGAUUGUAGACUACAUAUGGAAUCAUUUGAACUGCCUUCCUAACUACUUGCAUGUGUUGAGUGGAUAGUUGAUUACUUGUUGCAUUACAGGAAAAGAAUAUGACAACUUUUGAUCUUGUUUUGGUCUGAAUGGAAAUGGUUCUUUGUUUUUUCCAAAUACUUUGCUAGUGCUGUGGGGUAACUAUUAAAAUGUUGUGUCUGCCAGAUGUGCGACUCCUGAGAGCGCUGACAUUUCAGAUGGUUAUGACAUUCAUUAGUGUGGCUAUUAGUGGGUUUUUCAGCAAAUGCUUGUUUGCCAAACUUCCAUGCCUUUAGGAAUGAUCAGGUGAUAGCUUGCAAAUAUUUCUGAUUCCCACUUUCUUUUUCUAACCUGAGUGUAAUUCAUAGGAUGAUAGCUUCCCAGUUCACAACAUUUCUUAAAAGCAGCAACCAAACUUUGCUGUUUGCAGAGAGAAAUAAAACUUUCCAUGCGUAUUUCCCUUCUGAGGUUCUCUUGGCAAACCAUAUAUUUAACUUGUCACACAUACCUGAGUUACUCCUUAGUUUGCUAUGUGUUUCUUUCCAGUAAAUGAAGCUCCUCUAAUAAUGGGUUAAAAACUCAGAAAUAAAAGAACAAUGAUUCUAAGAAUGGGAAAUCACACACCACUUUUUGUCCUGCUUAUAUGCCUUUUCCAAGGUGAGUGAACUAGUCUUUCAGUGUCUCAAAAAUAGAGGUACAACUAUUCAAGGUUCACCUGAAUAGUUGCAGUGCUGUCUUAACUUUUAUCCUUUUAUGAAGCUAAUAUAAGAAUCUGGUUUUGGACUUCUAUACUUAUAGAGUUUAACUCUAUUUGUAGGAUAUUGUAACUAUAUAAGAUACAUUCAUGCUAUUUCCUUUAGCUGAUGAAAUACCAUGCUCUAUUUGAAUCCGUUAAGAGCAGCUUAUAGGAAAAAAAAUGUUUUAAAACUAAACUUUAAACCUAAACUUUAAACUUGGAGUGCAUGAGAUUACUGAGUUAAGUCUGGGUUUCUUGAUCUAUUGCAUGUAGCUAUAAUAUCUUAGCAAAGUACAUACAGGUACUCCUUACGAACCCCAUCCCUGAAAAAUAUUCAAGAUAUUUCCUGAUUGUGUGCAAACAUAUUCAGGUGAACGUUAAGCAUUUCUAAAACUUAUGAAACUUUUUAUAUAAAGCAUAUAAGACAAAACUUUUUUUAUCUUCUGUAUGGUUUCUCUUUUACUGCUGAGAUUAAUUGUAUUUUAAAAAAAAAGUGGCUAGAAAACACAUCUCUUGCAUUGCUAAGAAUUUGGGAUUUGUGAGGACUGGUGGCCAGUAUAUUGCAAUUCAUCUUCCAUUUUUAGGGCAAGCUUUACUGAAGAUGAAUCUGCUGAAUCCUUCAAUUGAUACGAAUUUAUCCACUUUCAAAAAGUUAAGGAUUCUUUUGCUUAUGAAAAGGGAGCCCCAGUUAUUUCAGUUACUCCUAGGUGAAUUUUUGAUAUCUGUCUUUAUUGUUUAUAUUCCCAGUGAGGUUGAAAAACUGUUCAGGAGAAGGUAAUUUCACUCACCUGGCUUUUACUUUACGUGGCUAAGUUGGAAUGAUUUCAGUUAGAUAUUUGCAUAAUGAGUACAGAAAAAAACCCCCAAAAACAAACAAACAAAAAAACCCCACCAAAACCAAAAACAUAAGUAUUACAAUGUUAUGAUAUUAAGACAGUCUUGGUUUCUAAUGAGAACAAUCAAAUUUCUGAUCUCAUUUCAGUGAGUCAGUUUUAAAUACUGAACUUAAAUUCACAUGUUUAAAGUAUACUUCUGUAAAUCUGGUGUACCUGGGAUAAUAGCUGAUGGCCAGAUUUUUACAUACAGAUAGUGGGCAAUUGGGGUGCAAUUGGAAAUUCAUAUAACCAGUACAGUCUUGAAAAAUGGACACUGUUCUAAUUGUGAUCACAGCAGUACUUUGAACCAAAGGCCGCAUUUUAUAACAACUUCUUUGGCAUCAAUCAUUCUGCAGUAAAUACGGAGUAGGAAAAUCAAAAUACUGACUUCAUUGUUUUUAUGGCUGUACUGAUUGUCCCACUGGAACAGUAGUUCAAUAGCCUAUGCAUUCUGUUGAAUUUAUAUAAGGGAAUAGGUCUGAUUACUGGAUUGACUGGAGUGCUUUAUCUUGGGAAAAACAGUGGUUUCUAAGCUUGGAAAAUUUUUUUGUCUAUUAACUGUCUUAUUACCAUCAAACUCUUAAAUAAUUUUUAAGAUCCUAUUGCACCAGCAACAAAUGAUUAAAACAUCAACUUUAUACACAUUUGUAACAAAUGUUAUUACAACAUGCUGUGGAACUAAGUGUGUACAGUGAAAGCAAGCAGUAUUAUUUUUGAGCUUUGUUUAGGCUAGGAAUGGAGCUUAAAGAACAUUUUGUGACUUCAGCCUUGCACUUAAAUGCUAAAUGGUUUUGUACUUGAAUGCAACAUUUGUUUGAAUGUCUGUCUUGUACUGCUUCUUGCACAUUCUCUCUUGGUCAGUUUUAAUUUCAUGCAGAAUUCUUGUUUGCUGUUCUCCUGUUCCAUAGCCCUUUACAUGAAAAUGUAUACAUCUUACUUCAAAAGAGCUUUAACUUAUUUUAGAUUAUGUUUGACCUCGGUUUGCUGCUUUUUUGUACCAUAUUUCAUGUGUAGAUUUCAGUAAUCAAAUUGAUCAUUUACAAUGUCAUUGACACGACUUACACAUAGCAACAAAUAGGUCUAAGUUUCAGCUUCCCUGCUCUAAGUGACUGUUCUAAAACACUAUUUCCAAGGGGAUAUACUUCUAAAUUUAUUUUCACAAAUGUGGUGUUAGAUGUUUUCUAAACUAGUGAUACUGUGUUUAUAAAUCUUAUGAAAGAUGUCUUACUAUUGCAUAGUAUUGUACCUUAGUCUUGUUAGUGUUAAUAUUUCCUUUUUUUAGUACUGCCUUGGCUGCUUUUGAAAUGUUUGAAGUAGUAAUUAAACCAUUAUUUUGUGAUUUUUUU